AGCAGGAGAGACGCCACCCGAUCCCAGGACGACGCACACAGCUGAAUGCAGAUCUAUUAAACCGUGUAACUUAUAACUCGGAGAAACAUUCAAAAGCAGCGUGCUCAAACGACUGUAACCUUGUUUUUGUUCGCCUGACUGGAAGACUGCUCUUCACUCGUGAUAAAGUUUUGCUGAUUUUGUUAUGCUCUGAAGCUUGCUGCUACGAGGCGGAGGUUGGGCAUCUUUGCUUUCAUUGCUAGUCCGCGUUAGCCUGCUAGGUUAGCUAGCGUUGCAGUAGGCUAAAAGCAGUCGUGACAUUUCAUUUUGGCCUAAGAUGAACACUUGUCAACAUUUCUCCUGGUCGUGCUGAGGAGGCUGAGUCAGUCGAGGAACAAAAGAUGACGGAUAGCGGAGAUGUUUGUCCUCAUCUGGACUCCAUAGGUGAAGUGACCAAGGACGAACUUCUACAGAAAUCAAAGGGCACUUGUCAGUCAUGUGGAGUGGGUGGUCCCAACCUCUGGGCCUGUCUACAGUGCGAUUGUCCCUAUGUGGGCUGCGGAGAGUCCUACUCAGACCACAGCACUACACACGCACAGGCGAAGAAGCACAAUCUGACAGUGAAUCUGACCACAUUCAGGGUGUGGUGCUACGUGUGUGAGAAAGAGGUGUUUCUAGAGCAGAGGCCUGUAGUGCCAGUGUCUGGAACUCAUCGCUACAAACCUCUCGAUCAGGAUGCUUCUCCACGAAGUGUUUGUCACCCAUUAAAGGCAGUGCCGAUUGCCGUGGCAGAUGAGGAAGGCUCAGAGUCUGAAGAAGAUGAGCUCAAGCCUAGAGGGCUCACAGGGAUGAAGAACAUUGGGAAUUCAUGUUACAUGAAUGCAGCACUGCAGGCCCUCUCUAACUGUCCUCCUUUGACUCAGUUUUUCCUGGACUGCAGUGGGCUGGUGCGCACAGAUAAGAAACCUGCUCUCUGCAAAAGCUAUCAGAAACUCAUCUCUGAGCUCUGGCACAAGAAACGGCCCAGUUAUGUGGUCCCUACUAGUCUGUUUCAUGGCAUCAAACUUGUGAAUCCUAUGUUUCGAGGCUAUGCCCAGCAGGACACUCAGGAGUUCCUGCGCUGUCUGAUGGACCAGCUCCAUGAGGAGCUGAAGGAGCCUCUAGCUGACUGCAGCAGCAGCAGCGGCGAUGCUGACCCUGACCAUAACCUCGACAACCGUAACCUUGGCGACGGCGACCGCAGCCCCUCUGAGGAUGAUUUCCUGUCUUGUGACUCGGGUUCAGGGAGUGAGAGGGGGGAUGGGGAAAGAGGAGGCGGGACUGGAGGAGGAGGGGAGACGGAGCUUCUUAUUCAGGAUGAGUGCGUGGGAGCCAGAGGGAAUGGAGGGAUCUCUGAGAAGGAGAGGCUUAAGGAGAGGCGGAAGGAAGACAAGGGGGAGGAGAGGACACAAGAGAUAGACGAGGAUGCAGAUGUGGACACAGCGGUGCAGGAGGAACAGACCGAAAGAGGAGGAGAGCAAACGGGGUCAACCAGGACCGUCCAGACUCAGGGUAACACAGACUGUUGUCUCUCAGAACCUGAUAAUGAGGCCUCCAUGCAUCUCCCCUCAUCUCGGCCCUGUAGCCCCACUCACAGCGUGCAGGAACUUCACUCUAAACUGUCCAGCAGCCCACCCAGGUCCAGCCCACUCAGAGCCAGCCCUAUCUACACCUUUAAAAAAGCUCAGAUGCUCUUGGGUGCCAAGAAGAAGAAGCAGUCCCGUUUCCGCAGUGUUAUUUCGGACAUCUUUGACGGCUCCAUUCUGAGUCUGGUCCAGUGCUUGACGUGUGACCGGGUGUCUACAACAGUCGAGACAUUUCAGGACUUAUCAUUGCCCAUCCCAGGUAAAGAGGACCUGGCUAAGCUCCAUUCGUCCAUCCACCAGAGCGCUCCAGCAAAGGCGGGCGUCUGCACAGACACCUACGCUUCCCAAGGCUGGAUCUCCUACAUUAUGGAGUCUAUCCGCAGAUUUGUUGUGUCCUGUAUCCCCAGCUGGUUUUGGGGUCCCAUGGUGACACUAGAGGACUGCCUUGCUGCCUUCUUUGCUGCAGAUGAACUGAAAGGGGAUAACAUGUACAGCUGUGAACGAUGCAAAAAGUUGAGAAAUGGUGUCAAGUAUUGUAAAGUUCUACGGCUACCAGAAAUUUUGUGCAUUCACCUGAAGCGAUUCCGACAUGAAGUGAUGUACUCCUUUAAGAUCAGCAGCCAUGUCUCUUUUCCAUUGGAGGGUUUGGACCUAAAGCCUUUCCUGGCCAAAGACAGCCCAUCUCAGAUCACUACAUAUGACCUGCUCUCAGUCAUUUGUCACCACGGCACUGCAGGCAGUGGCCACUAUAUAGCGUACUGUCAGAAUGUAAUCAAUGGGCAGUGGUAUGAGUUUGAUGACCAGUAUGUGACGGAGGUGCAUGAGACUGUAGUGCAAAACGCUGAGGCCUAUGUGCUCUUUUACCGGAAGAGCAGUGAGGAGUCAGUGAGAGAGAGGCAGAAGGUCGUAGCUUUGGCCAAUCUAAAGGAGCCCAGUCUCCUGCAAUUUUACAUCUCAAGAGAAUGGCUCAACAAGUUCAACACCUUCACUGAGCCUGGACCAAUCACUAACCAUACCUUCCUCUGUCAGCAUGGAGGAAUCCCUCCAACUAAGUAUCACUAUGUAGACGAUCUGGUCGUGAUCCUGCCUCAGAACGUGUGGGAAUAUCUUUACAACAGGUUUGGAGGGGGUCCAGCCGUGAAUCACCUGUAUGUGUGUGCAAUCUGUCAAGUAGAGAUAGAGGCCUUAGCCAAACGCAGGAAAAUGGAGAUUGACACUUUCAUUAAGCUGAAUAAGGAGUUCCAGGCAGAGGAAGCUCCUGUUGUUAUUUUGUGCAUCAGCAUGCAGUGGUUCAGAGAAUGGGAAAGCUUCGUCAAGGGCAAAGACAAUGAGCCUCCAGGUCCAAUUGACAAUAGCAAGAUUGCGGUGAUGAAGGGAGGUCAUGUCCAACUUAAACAGGGAGCCGACUAUGGGCAAAUUUCUGAAGAGACGUGGCAGUUUUUGGUAGGAAUUUACGGUGGUGGUCCUGAGAUCGCUGUGAGGCAGAGCAUCAGCCCUCCAGACCCCGACACACACGGAGAGAGGAAGAUAGAGGCAGAAACUAGAGCACUCUGAGUGGUGUCCUGAAUGUGGCUGAACAUUUUUGCACCAUGUUUACGCCUGCUUUCUUGUAAGCACUUUGUGAGCGCACCCAAUGCCAUGAUCUGUUCCCUAUAGAAGACAUGGAGGUCUAGUAGCGCAGAGUUGGUAGGCUGAAAGGUCUGUCGAUCAUAUCGAACUAAUGUAGAAUUAGCCACUGUCUUGCAGUUGGGGGAGUGACUUUCCUACUUCCUUUGACCCACAAACUCAAAUGCACAUUUAAACUUUCUUAUUUCCCUAAAAUUCAAGUUAUAGAUGUAUGCCAAGCUGUCUUACAAAAAAAGUCUUAUAAAAGAAAAAGCUUUACACAUUUUAUGUGGACUAAGCAAGAUGUAAUAGGCUGUAGUAUGUAGAUAUUUACUGUCAGGGGGAUUUAGCAGGCCAGAAUUCCCAGGGGUGGUGAUGCAUUACUCAAUGUAGCAUUAGGUCUACUGUACAUAAGUCUAUACUGCCAUGAAUGUGCACAUUUAAAAGAAAACACAGUAUCCUACCCAAUCCAUUUAAAAUCAACCAACAUAGUUCCUCUAUGUUUUCAAACUCUUAAAGGAAUACUCCAUAUAUUUUUCCACCUAAUCUAUAUCUGCUGCUUAUGUAGCAUGUUUCCCUGUACUUAUAAAGGAACAGAGAACCUGUUGACUCGAAACACAUUUACAGUAAAAGCUAGUUGCUAAAUUCUGUCUGUAAACAUUUCUUAAAUUGUUCAGUCAAAGGUAUUUGUAGAUAAAGCUGUAAAUUUUGUAUAAAGAGAAGAAUUAGUGGUGAUUUCAUUACUAGUGUAGUGGUGUGGGUUGAGUUUUCAUAGAUAGCAGAAAACUUUAGAGAGGUGAGUGUAAGUGGUUUUUCACUUUGUUGCUCCAGUGUUCAAAAGUUGGGUAAAACGUCACAAGAACAGAUUUGUCAAUUCUGAUCCUAAGAUCUACAGUACUGUGCAAAAGUAUCAGAUUUCAUAUUCAACAGAAAUUGCACACAAGCCUGAACACCUGUUUUUUU